AUGAAUGAAUUACAAGAAAAGAAGCAGAGCCCCGAAAGCCCACCCGAUAUUCCACAGGUUGGCAACGGGGAUCACAACGUGGUCGUGGCCGAUGAUGCCGUAUUCGGAGUCAUCGAAGAAAACGGCCCUAACUUUCGAAAUCUGGGAUGGAUAGGAACGUCCGUCCUCAUGAUGAAGACCCAGCUCGGCUUGGGUGUAUUGUCGAUCCCAACUGCUUUCGAUACACUAGGUCUAGUUCCAGGGGUACUUUGCAUGGUCGCUAUAGCUAUCAUUAAUACCUGGUGCAGUAAUAUGGUCGGCGAGUUCAAGCUAAAUCAUCGUGAAGUGUACGGCAUCGAUGAUGCAGCUGGGCUUAUGUUUGGGAGAGUUGGGCGCGAGAUCCUUGGGGCUGGAUUUGUUCUCUAUCUCGUGUUUUGUGGUGCUUCGGGGAUUCUGAGUAUUUCGAUCGCUUUGAAUGCAGUAUCGACGCAUGGAGCCUGCACAGCCGUUUUUGUGGCCGUUGCCGCUGUCUCGGUGUUUUGCCUUGCUAGUAUUCGUACUCUAGGCCGGAUCACCUUUGUUGCAUGGGGUGGGCUGGCUUGUAUACUGAUUUCCGUUCUUAUUGUUACCAUUGGAGUCGGCGUAGAAGACCGGCCGAGCUCAGCACCCCCCGGGCCUUGGGCUUCCGACUAUCGACUGGUCAACCGUCCGAGGUUCAGCGAUGGCAUCUCCGCCAACUGUACGUUCAUCUUCGCAUACGCCGGCGUUCCUUUCUUUUUCCCAAUCAUCGCCGAAAUGCGCGAGCCUCGACACUACACAAGAGCACUAGUGGUGUGUCAGGGUACUGUGACAGUUACCUAUAUUGUUAUCGGAGUUGUGGUGUACUACUAUUGUGGUUCCUAUGUUGCAUCGCCCGCCCUGGGCUCUGCCGGCAAGAUUAUCAAACAGGUAUCCUACGGCAUCGCUAUCCCAGGGCUUUUGGCGAGUGCAACCAUCAGCACACAUGUAAGGCAGGAACUGUAG